AGAUUAAAGAAGCUGAGGUUGUCUCCUUCUUACUCAUUUGCAGUAACAACCUCACCACCACUACAGCCUCAGCUUCCAGAGGGGACACAGAGGAGGGGACCAGAAGACCAUUCUUGUGAGGUCCUCAUAUAAGUCACCAUGUAUCAAGACUGCAUGGACUCCAGUGGAGACUAUUAUUUCCUCUGUGACAAUGAGGGGCCAUGGGGCAUUGUUCUGGAGUCCUUGGCAAUAAUUGGCAUAAUAGUCACGGUGAUUCUACUCUUGGCAUUUCUCUUCCUCUUGAGAAAGGUUCGAGACUGCAGCCAGUGGAAUGUUCUCCCCACACAGAUCCUCUUCCUCCUGGGUGUGCUGGGACUCUUUGGACUUGCUUUCGCCUUCAUCAUCCAGCUCAAUGAAAAAACUGCUCCUGUACGCUUUUUUCUCUUUGGGGUUCUCUUUGCCCUCUGUUUCUCAUGCCUCUUGGCUCAUGCCUCCAACCUGGUGAAGCUGGUCCGAGGUAGAGUUUCCUUCUGUUGGACAACGAUUCUGGGCAUUGCUAUUGCUCUCAGUCUGUUGCAGGUCAUUAUUGCCAUUGAGUAUGUGACUCUCAUGACAAGUAGAUGCAUGAUGUUUUUGCACAUGACACCCUGUCAGCUCAAUGUGGACUUUGUUGUCCUCCUGGUCUAUGUCCUCUUCCUGAUGGCCCUCACAUUUUUUGUCUCCAAAGCCACAUUCUGUGGCCCAUGUGAGAACUGGAAGCAGCAUGGAAAGUUUAUCUUCGUCACUAUACUCAUCUCCACCAUUAUCUGGGUGGUGUGGAUCUCCAUGCUGUUGAAAGGCAACCCACAGCUCCAGCGACAGCCCCAGUGGGACGACGCAGUCAUCUGCAUUGGCCUGGUCACCAAUGCGUGGGUUUUCCUGCUGUUGUACAUCAUACCUGAGCUCUGCAUUCUCUGCAGAUCCUAUAAGCAGGACUGCCCUUCACAAGGCAACGCCUGCGCAGUCCCAGUCUACCAGCGCAACUUCCGAGCGGAGACCCAGGAGCACUCCAGAGCCCGAGACAGUGACGGAGCUGAGGAGGAUAUAGCAUUAACUUCAUGUGGUACUCCCAUCCCGAGGCAGACUGUUGAUCUCACACAGGAGUAUUUAAUCCCACGGGCUACUCUAAGCCCCCAGCAAGAUGCAGGAUUAUAAAGUCUACAGGAAACAUGAGCAGUGAAAACCCAGGAGGCAGUCCUGGUUAACGUAGCCCUGGCUGCGCACUGGAGAGAUCAACGAGUUGUGCUGCCCACCGAGGCCCGUCCUUCCUUCUCUGUUUCCUUGACCUUUACAUCCAU